UCUUCGCGUGUAGCAUGCUGCCUGGCGUUAGCACCGCAACUAGCUGGUUAAUAAACAAAGCUAAUAAAGCAGUAACACCUCACGUUGCGGCAACAACAGUGGAUUUACAACAAGGACAUUUGAAGUAAACAACAACAACAACAACAACUUCUCUCAUUGUCCCGCUGUGUUUCCCACGUGGACGCGUCAGCUCGUGUUGUUGACAGUUAGCUUAGCCUGUUAGCUUCGCCAUGUACACGGAGCUCAACAGCAUCCUGAACUCGGGUCCUGACAGCUUCACUCAGGGAGAAUUCAUCCUCCUGUCAGACAGACAGAGCGAUGCCUCUUUCCUGGUUCACCACUUCCUGUCCCUCUACCUGCGAGCUCGUUGCAAAGUGUGUUUCCUGGGCCUGGUUCAGUCCUUCAGUCACUACAGUGCAGUCAGUCAGAGGCUGGGUGUCAGUCUAACACAAGCGAAGGAGAAAGGUCAGCUGAUCUUUCUGGAGGGACUGAACGAAUCAUUGACUCUCUUGAUUCCUCAAAAAGGUGAUACAGGAAGUGAGGCCAUGGACUUCAUCAGGGAUCCGACCGUCGGCCUGCGGCGUUUGUUCGAGUUUGUUCGGUGCAGUUUACAAAGUUCUGGCGGAGAGGAAGAAGAUGAGUGGGGCCCCCCCGUUUUGCUGGUGGAUGACGUCAGUGUGCUGCUGAGUCUGGGGGUCAGCGCUGGAGCCGUGUUGGACUUCAGUCACUACUGCCGAGCCACAGUCUGCUCCCAGUUACAGGGCAACAUGGUGAUGCUGGUACGCUGCAAUGGGGAGGAAGAGGAGGACGGCGGAGAUGACGAAGGCUCAGAACUUCUCCUGAAGGGCCUGACCCACCAGUGCAGCCUCACUCUUAAUGUACAGGGUCUCCCAACCGGCUACUGUAGGGACAUCCAUGGACAGGUGGAGGUGUGUUGGAGGAGGAAAGAAGGCGAUGGACAGAACACACAGAAGAAACUCUUUCAGUACAAGGUUCAUGAUAAAGGAGCCUCCUUCUUUGCUCGAGGAACAUCCAGUGCAGUUCUCUAGACUUCAUCCUCAGGCACCUUUGUCUCUUCAGCAUGUGACAACGGACUAAUGUUUUCAUACAACCGGACCAAACUUAUGUUGGUUUGUUAGCUGCCAGGCAGGUUGGCCACAUAUCUACCAGCUGUGGUCGAGUUUCACAGUCACUGACUCAGUCUAGAGGAUCAACGCUGAAUCGCUCAGAUGUUUUAUUUGUCAGUCAUUUCAAAUUAAAGACAUGAAAAUAAAAAAUGUCAGCUCAGUCUAAUGAACAGGUUCUUCUGCAGACUUGUUAUCCAUACAAAUCAUUUGCUCAGAUUAAUCAGGUUUACUGUGGUUUCUGCAAAUGACAACUAUAGACUGAUGUUUGUACUUCCUGCCAUCGUGGUGAAUAGUAUGUGCAACAUAUGUUGUUACACAAAUAAAUAAAAAAUGAUUUCUGGA